AUGCGCCGCACCCCACAGCGGUCUCGUCCAGCCGACCCUCCUGUCGCAACCCCUCGUACCAUCGAACCACCCACCAAGAAGAUCUUCAACUGCAUCGCCGACGACUCCGCCUUGCUCGCCGGCGCAAAGAAGAGUACCCGCGACGGCAUUCGCAAAUGGAUCGCCAACGGCCAGAUUAGGCUUUUCGUGCCCCUCUACACGCUCGCCCAAACCACUCGCCUGAAGGACGGAAAUGGUCGCAUUAGCAGCGACGCCGAAGACGCUCUGGUUUGGCUGGACGACGCCACCAGCACUUAUCCCCAUCUCGUCACACUUCAAGGCGGUUUUGAGAAAUUUGAGACUUGGGCAGAAGUCGAGAAGUUUGCUCUACCCAGAACGCUGUUUUCCGAAGGCGAUGUCGACGAUGAAGAGGUGGAUGGCUUUACCGACGAACUCGCUCAGAACACCGAGACCAAACUCGCCAUACGCGACGCAAACUUAUCCAUGAGCUCCGCCGACACUGAUGGCUCCCGGUCAGCAACUCCUUCUUCUGGACACACCGCUCGUAGCUCUGUUAGCCCAGAACCUCCGACUCAGUGUCCUCCUAAGAGCCGUGUCCGCUCUCGCGCGUCCAAGUCCCCAGCCAAGAAGACCACACCAGAUUCCUCCUCAACGUCUGGCGUUCCUUCCCAUUUGCGCCCUCUGUUCAACUAUAUCCUGUGGCGCAUUCACCAAGAGUUGGACCCAGUUGCUGCUCUGGAAUCCUUCAUCUUUUUGACCGAUGACCCGACCAAGACCAAGCUCGCUCAGCGCUUCGGCAUCCGCACCAAGAGUCUCGCCGACAUUCGUUAUGUCGUUGCAAGGGAAGAGCGUGAAUUUAAGAAUAGACAGCUCGUCCAGCGCAAGGAGAUCGAAAACAACGUCGUGCUAGCACAUCCAGAUGCUCGUACCACUGCCGCGCCAGCUGUCCAAGAGGAAGAAAAAGUGCGCCCAGAGCUUCUGCCUGUUGAUGAAAGACCUGCUGCAGUCAGCGAGGAAGACGAGGAUGAGGUUCUGCUGAAGCGUCCACCUAAAGCUCCCGCAGCCAUGCUUGCUCAACACAAGUCGCCCAAAUCUGGAAACAAGGCUAUGGACCCAAACCAGUUUUCACGUGGAGCUCAGACUCACACUCGCGGAAAUGCUCGUGGUGGUGGUUUUAGAGGCAACUCUUCUCGCGGUCGUGGUGCCUCGUUCACACCUACGCCUGCAGGAAGAGGCAGCGCUCCGGCAAAGCUGGAUCUUACACCCACCACUAACGGCAACGGACCCAUCGAUCCUAAUUCCUUCACUCGUCCCGCUGCUAACACUAAUAAGUUCAGAGGUGGCCGCAGACUCUGGGUCCCUACUUAA